GCUGAGCGGGAGAGGCGCCGCCAUUUUGGUGCUCGGGAGCGGCAGCGGCGGCUCCGGGGAAGGUGCUGGCACCAUGGAGUACGAGCGCAGGGGUGGCCGUGGGGACCGCACGGGGCGUUACGGGGGUGCCCCACCCCCCUCCGAGGAUGGAUCCCGCACCCAACGCGACCACGACUAUCGUGACAUGGACUAUCGUGGUUAUGGGGGUCCUCCAGAGGGGCCCCCCGCUGCCGGGACCCCCCAUCAGGCAUCCUACGAGAGCCCGGAGGCGCCGCGGAAGCGGGAGCCGAGCCGGGACCAUCCCCGGGAGCCGGCGGCGGCCCCGGCGCUGCCCUUCGGAGCCGACGGCGAUUACCGGGACCAGGAUUACCGGGAGGGCGCCGACGAGGAGCCCCGGGCCAGCACCAUCGUCAUGCUCAGGAUGCUGCCCCAGGCGGCCACCGAGAACGAUAUCCGGGCACAGCUGCAGGCACAGGGGGUGCAGCCCCGCGAGGUGCGGCUGAUGCGCAACAAGUCCUCAGGUCAGAGCCGCGGAUUCGCCUUCGUGGAAUUCCAUCACGUGCAGGAGGCGGCCAGGUGGAUGGAGGCCAACCAGGCCGGGCUGACCCUCCUGGGGCACCGCGUGUCCCUGCACUACAGCGACCCCAAACCCAAAAUCAACGAGGACUGGCUCUGCGCCAAGUGCGGGGUGCAGAACUUCAAGCGACGUGAGAAAUGUUUCAAGUGCGGCGUCCCCAAGGCCGAUGCAGAGCAGAGGGGUCCUGGGGGUCCCCGACCGGAGCUGCUGCCGGGGGGGGGGGGGAGGGGGGCUCCUGCCCCUCCCCCAACCCUACGGCCCCACCCUGGGGGGUCCCCCCGGGGGGUCCCAGGGGGGCUCCGAGCCCGGAGCCGAAAACGCCAACGACAGUGAGUGGGGGAUGGGGGAAUGGGGGGG